AUGCCGGAUCUGCCGGACGUGUCCUCGGAUUCCAGCACGACCGCCUCCUGCCCUCAGGGGAUAACUCGGGCAAGGUUUGCCGAGUGGGUUGGGCAGCACAACCCGGGCGUUCGAGUGUCAAUUCACGAGCUGCCCAUUGCUGGGGAUAUUGCUCGGGUAACCACACUACCCGAGGAUGAGGCCUACUACAAGACCUACAAGCCCGAAAACUUGCUGGCAACGGUCUCCGCUCUCUGCAUCCAGGCGGCUCAAAUGUCUUACCGGGCUGACCGGCGUGCUAGUCAGAACGAGGACGACCUGCUCCUGGCCAAGAAGCUAAUGUUAUCUGAGGCGGCCAAAGCCCGGGAUGCAGAGAAGAGGGCCAGCGAAGCCGAGCAAAGGGCCUCGGAGGCCGGACAAAAGGCUUCGGACGGGGCUUCGCUGGUAGCUCAGUUGGAGGGCAAGCUGAAGAACUCCGAGGAUCGACGGUCGGAAGACCUGGAGAUGCUGGAGAAGCUGAGGGGUGACAUCAGUCGUCUAGAGACUGAGAAGGCUGCUGAGAAAGAAGAUUUCUCCAAGCAGCUCGCUGAUGUCACUCGCCGGAAUGAGCUGGCCUCCAAGGGACUCCGGGAUUCGGUGGAGGUCCUGAAACAGAAACUGGCUGAGGCCGAGAAGCGAGCCGAGAAAGCUGAGGCCCAAGCCGCGGAAGGCACGGUCCGAGAAGAGAACUUAUAUGAGGACUUCCGGAAGAUGCUGUAUGUUGGCGAGGUCCAGGUGGGCGAGUUCGUGAGAGGUCGGUUCGGGGCUAAUGUCGAUGUUUCUGAUUUUAAGCUGGACGUUCUUGAGUUGCACCGCCGUGCCAAAGAGCUGCCUGAAGAUUACGACAUGCCAGCAGAUAUCGAAGAUUAUCUUGCUGAUGAUCAAGACCAGGGGCCGAACUGAUGCAGCAGUUAAUUUCUUGUAAUAGUUUGAACAAUUUUUCUUUUCCUUUGUAAAUUUUUGGGAUAUUGAGCCUCGAGCUCUCUCUUUGUAAGUUUGAAUAUUUUCUUCUUCCUUGAAUGAAUUAU